ACAUAAAGCCGUUUCGGAAACUUCUCACUUCCCAUUUUCAAGCACUUUAUAUCCAACUAAAUACUUCAGACACAGCUUACCUUCGUGUAUAUAAUACACACCACCAAUUCUUUCACAAACCCUAAACCAAACACCAAACAAUGAAGAACCCUUCCCUCCCUUCAUUUCUCAUCCUCUUUUCUCUCCAAUUAUUUUCUUGUGCUUUAUCAGAUUCAAUCUACGACACCUUCCGUCAAUGUCUCUCCAAGAACUCACCAUCAGACCCAAUUUCCCCCAAUACUCUGUACAGCCCCACUAAUCCUUCGUUCCAAACAGUCCUUACAUCUUACAUCAAAAACCGCCGCUUCAACACCUCCACCGCCGCGAAACCCUCACUCAUCAUCGCCCCUCUCCGCGAAUCCCACGUCGGCCCCGUCGUGCUCUGCGCCAAAACCAUCGGAAUCCAACUUAAAAUCCGGAGCGGCGGCCACGACUACGACGGCCUCUCCUACAUCUCCGAUGUCCCGUUUGUCGUUCUUGACAUGUUCAACCUCCGAUCCGUCGACGUCGACAUUGCACAAGAGACCGCUUGGGUCCAGGCCGGUGCCACCCUCGGCGAACUCUUCUACGGAAUUUGGAAGAAGAGCAAAGUUCAUGGUUUUCCGGCCGGCGUCUGCCCCACCGUCGGCGUUGGCGGCCAUUUGAGCGGAGGCGGGUACGGUAAUAUGAUCCGUAAAUACGGGUUAUCCGUUGAUCAUGUUGACGAUGCCCGUAUAGUGGAUGUUCAUGGCCGAAUUUUAGACCGUAAAGCGAUGGGUGAGGACCUUUUUUGGGCAAUCAAAGGUGGUGGUGGUGCUAGUUUUGGUGUCAUUUUGGCUUACAAAAUUAGAUUAGUUAAAGUGCCAGAAGUUGUUACGAUUUUCAGAAUUCAAAAGACAUUGGAACAGAAUGCUACAGACAUCGUCCACAGGUAUCAAUUCGUGGCCCCUAAGAUCGACAACGAUUUGUUCAUCAGAGUUCUUCUCCAGCCAGUGACUUCCACCACCAAAAAGGGUGAGAAGACAAUAAGGGCAUCAUUUAUUUCCCUAUUUCUUGGAGAUGCUGACAGGUUGGUAUCGGUCCUGAACAAAGAUUUUCCGGAGUUGGGUUUGACGAAAGCAGACUGUGUGGAAAUGACUUGGAUCGAAUCCGUCCUUUACUGGGCGAAUUUCGAUAACCAAACUAAGGAAGAGGUUCUACUGGAACGAAAUUCGGAUGGGGUGAAUUUCCUCAAGAGGAAAUCGGAUUAUGUUCAGACUCCGAUUUCCAAAGACGGGUUGGAAUGGAUUUGGAAGAAAAUGAUCGAAGUGGGGAAAGUAGGAUUUGUUUUCAACACUUAUGGUGGAAGAAUGAGUGAAAUUCCGGCGUCGGAGACUCCAUUCCCACAUCGAGCAGGGAAUUUAUUCAAAAUUCAGUACUCGGUCAACUGGAGCGAAGAAGGGAUUGAUGCGGACAAGAACUUCGUGGGUCAGAUUAGGAGGUUAUAUAGUUACAUGACACCAUUUGUGUCCAAGAACCCUAGAGGUGCAUAUCUCAACUACAGAGACAUUGACAUUGGUAUUACUCACAAUGGCAAGAAUAGUUACAAUGAAGGUAAGGUCUACGGGGUUAAAUAUUUCAUGGGAAAUUUUGAUAGAUUGGUGAAAGUGAAGACGAUGGUUGAUCCAGACAACUUUUUCAGAUAUGAACAAAGCAUCCCUGUUUCUCCAUGAAUCGAGGAAAGUGAAGGUAGACAGCUUGGAACAUCAGUUUUAACCAUCUAUGUGGCUGUGUUUAUAAUUUGUUUCCUGUUAUAGUACUCCAAAGUAGCGGUUUUAUCAUAGAGUUCAACAUUUUUUUUUUUUUUCCGCUUUCUAUGCAGAACUCAAAUAUCUUUAAUAAUAAUGGGCAAUUCAGUCCAUUUGCAGGAAUUAGUGAUCAAUGAAAAUGAAUUGAUGACA